AUGGCGCCGUUGCGGCGUCGGCUCGACGAUGAGGUCGUGAAUGCCGUGCUGUCCGGUGGGAUCGCCGGCGCGGUGACAGCCGCGGUGAUGUGCCCCUUAGACGUGCUGAAGACCCGACAGCAGGUGCCUGACGGGCUGCAGUACAAGGGAUUGGCAGCUGGAUUGUUGCGGAUUCUGAGGAAUGAGGGUGUGCGUGGAUUGUACAAGGGGCUGACGCCCACCCUUGUCGCCCUCAUUCCGAGUUGGGCGGUGUAUUUUACUGUUUACGAGAGGUUGAAGUCUUUGUUGUCAGCUCAUUCCAGAGGCCCAAGCCCGGGCGUGCACAUGGCCUCCGCCGCGGGCGCGGGCGCCGCCACGGUGGUCGCCACCAACCCCCUGUGGGUCGUCAAGACCCGGCUGGUCACCCAGGACAUGGCCGCCAGCCACCGGUGGCUGCCCAAGGCCAGGUACCGCGGCAUGCUGGACGCCCUCCUCCGCAUCCGCCGCGAGGAGGGCAGUGCCGCGCUGUACAGCGGCCUGGCGCCCUCCAUCUUCGGCAUCCUCCACGUGGUCGUCCAGUUCCCCAUCUACGAGCACAUCAAGGCGACCCUGGCCAGGCGGGACGGCGGCGGGGUAGGAAACCUCCACCCCCUGCAGCUGCUGGCCGCCGCAUCGCUGUCCAAGAUGAUCGCCUCCACCGCGACCUACCCGCACGAGGUGAUCCGGACGCAGAUGCACGUCAAGGGGCUGGGGCCGGUGCAGGGCUUGCUUCGGGAGACGCGCGCCAUACUGGUGUCCGACGGGAUUAGGGGCCUGUACAGGGGGUGCGGGGUGAACCUGGUGCGGACGGUGCCGGCAGCGGCGCUGACGUUCACGUGCUACGAGCUCAUGUCGAGGGCGCUGCGCGCCGCCGGCGGUGGGAGGGGGCCGGGGGGCGGGGACGACCCCUGA